UGCAACGAACACAUUAUUUGCACUGGUAGGAAUAAAAUGUUAUGGUCACCGUUAGAAAAGCACGCUUACUCAAAUUCCCGACCCGAGAAUUUCAUUACACUUCGUAAUUUUAGUAUGACAGUGGUGUACAAUCGUUAUGAUGGACUUCAGUUUUGUUAAACGCGGAAUAUUAAUAACUGUAAUUAGUAUGUAUGUUGAGAAUAUUAUGUGUUCAUCUCAGGUUCUUAGUGAAACAGACAGCAGAAACGAAGAUGUGGAUCUGUUGUGUCUGUAUGAGCAGCCAUGUGGUGAGCCUAUUGGUUGCAGAUGCGAUGACAACUGUCUGAUUUAUGGCGACUGCUGUAAAGACAAAUUCGAUUCGUUCAACGAAACACAGCUUUCCGGAAUAAAAGUUUCUACCGCCACGUGCAUUGAUAUAUCUUCAGUGCCUUACUACAUCAUCCAGACUUGCUCUUUAUCGUGGCCUGACGAUCGCGUGAGAGACCUUUGCGAACAAGUUGAUAAUGCCCACGACAUAUUCAAAAACUUACCUGUAUAUGACACGGAUGGUAAUCACUAUAAGAACGUGUUUUGUGCUUCUUGCAAUAAAAUUCAAAUCGACGACAUGACAGCAUGGCUGGUGAUACAACCGGAAACUGCAUUAUCAUACAUCGCAGAGGCUGAAAUUAACUUAUGGUAUAGUGUGCCUUCCGAUUUAGCCGAAUAUUUGCAACCAAGAAGAUGUAUUGAUAUGGGAAUUGCUAAUUGUGAUUAUGUCAACUUAGGUGAAUUAGGAAAGAAAUGCCCAGGAUAUUACGCACCUGUUAAUGAUGUGAACAGUUAUUCACCUACUGUGUAUAAAAACCCCGAAUGUGCCGUUUGCAAUGGAUUUGAGCUUGAUGAUAUUAAAGAUUGUUCAUCUGGCAGUGGAGAUGUUGACUAUAGUGCUUCUAUGUCACUUGGCAAUUCAUAUGAAGCGCCUGAUAUAGCACCAGCUGAAGACUUCCCCGAUUUUAGACCAUUGACAGUACUGUUUGCAACCUCUUAUUUUGACAUUCAAACAGUUGAAAUAGACAAUUUGUGUAAAGAUGGUCAAGUUUUCGAUCCUUUUAAAAAAGUGUGCAUCGUUCUGUACUGUUCUGACGGAUAUAAGCUUGUAGAUAACCAAUGCAUCUUGUCCAUCUGUAGUAUAUGGUUGCUCCAAUUCAAUGUAAUUACUAAAGAAAAUCGAGAUAUUAAAGACAACAAUAGUGCUUUGACAUGUCUUCUUCAGAACCUUCAAAAUGGUGUUUCAAAUGUGUUUCCAUUACAAGCCUCGUAUUCUGAGUUUAACGAUCAAUUUCAAAUUCAAUUCGAAAUACGGGUCAAUAUAGAUUACUUGGACUUGAGUAAUUAUCUCUCAGAUUUAUUUCAUCCCAAUACUGAAGAAAACCAGUCAAAUUAUAUGCCCUGCAAUGUGACUUCAUUGACAGUUGAUCAAUUCUGUGAAUAUUCUAUAAAUCUGGAAAAUUGCAGCACAGAUGGUAUUGAUGUCGACGGCAAUGUUUUCCCAAAAAAUACCAUUAACCAUACUAUGAUUUACAUUAACGAGUCACAGUCAUUUUUUUCACCGUAUGUCUCUCUGUUUCGACAUCAAUAUAUACAAGACGGCAAUGGUUACAAUUCAACCACUCAACUGUUUCUAUGUUCACAAAACACUGUCUUCAGCUUAACCUGUCCGUUCAUACUUGAUGAGAUACAUAAUUAUGUGAUAGUUAAUGGAAGUUUAGAACACAUUAAGUCGGGAAAGGUCUAUGGACCAAACUCUUACGAACUUACAGACAACCAAACUGUCAAAAUUUGUUCCACAUUCAAACAAAGAGGAACAUCUGUUAAUUAUUUUGUUCUGUACAACGUGUCCCAAACUUUGCUGAGUGUUAUUGGAUGCAUUCUGUCCCUUGUCGCUCUCGUAUUAACUUUCCUCGUUUAUUGUUUGUUGUCCCCUCUGAGGACCUUGCCGGGAAAGUCAGUCAUGAGUCUUACAGUUGCAUUAUUUUGUGCCCAAUUUCUUCUCACUUUUGGAGCAGGCCGAACUAAGAUUACUGCUGCCUGUAAAGUAAUAGCAAUAACUAUGCAUUUCUUUUGGUUGGCUUCAUUUGUCUGGAUGACCGUUUUAGCCUAUGAUAUCAGCAAAACGUUCAAAAGCAAAGCCUGUGAUCGAAGUAAGGGUGACAAACGGAAAACUUUUAUGAAGUAUUCUACUGUAGCAUGGGGUUCAUCCUUUGUUAUAGUCGCAAUAUGUGUGACAUUGUCGAUGACAGUUGAAAGUCUUGACUUCGGGUACGGAACUGCUUCUGUCUGUUGGAUUAGUGACCCUGUAAUCAGCCUCGUCAUAUUUGGUGGUCCCGUUGCAUUCACUCUUUUCUUGAAUGCAAUUUACUUUGGAUUGACUGUGCAUGGUGUCAGAGAGACUAUGAAGUCUUCAAAGAUUUUGCAACGUAACACAUCAAAACUCAAGUCUACCCGGUCAGAACUGAAAAUCUAUUUUAAGAUAAGUUCUAUAAUGGGUUUCUCUUGGAUCUUUGGAUUUAUAGCAAAUUUUACGGGCAUCGGAUUUCUCUGGUACAUUUUCAUCGUUCUUUGUACACUACAGGGCGUUUUCAUAUUCGUAUCGUUUGUGUGCAAUGCUCGUGUGUAUGGUCUUUUGAAAGAAAGGUACCAAGCGCAUCGACCUAGUAGUAAAAAUAUAACAAUGACGAAGAUGUCAACAGAAAAGUAGUUCUGGUAUAAUAUGACAAUAUUAUAUAGGUAUUAUCAAUCAGUAGAAGAAAUAUUUUAUUUUUUACUUACUUGGUAUUUGUAAUUCCAUAUCAGGAAUAUCUGGCUGUCAUUGAGUGAUAAACUACUGGUAGACCAAUAAUUACAAAAAAAGAAAACCCAUGUUAUAGCCAUUUUGAUAGAAACCAUUUUAUCGGUCAUUAUGGCAGUCAUCUUAGAUUUCAAAAUAGCCACCUUAUAAAAACCUAUGUUUGUCCACGGUAUAUCUCCUCUUUUAACUUAUAGAAUUAUAAUUCUAGUGUCUAAAUUUAUUUAUAUGCUUAAGGAAUACAAGCAUGCCAUUUUUGACCCGGUCAGAUUGUUCAUUUAAGGUCAUUCAUUGGAGGUCAUUAAAUGAAUAAUCUGACCAAUCUGAUUCAGUUAAGGUCAUUCAAGAUCAUUUCAGGUCAAAUUUUGUAUAGCAUCUGAAUAAUUACCUAACUGCAUGUUUUACAUCAAAAUCAUACUAAAGCUCCCGAAAUUCUUUUUUUUUCUAUUUUUUGUACUAGGAACUACAGUAUUUCAUUCAUGGUCGUUUUGGCGUCCAUCUUUAAUUUCAAAACGGCUACCGUGCAAAACCAAUAUUUAUUAGUUAGCUUUUAGAACCACUUCAAAUUAGAAUUCUGAUGCUUAAAACUGUUUUAACGGUCAAGAAAAUAUACCAUGUGUGACAUGAUCAGAUGGUCAUCAGGAUAAUAUAAGCCUAUAUGUCAGUUAAGAUCAUUGAUCGUCAUUUUAUGUUAAAUAACGUAUGAUAUCCUAUCUCAUCACAGGUCGUUAUGACAUCCAUUUUAGGUCAAGGUGUUUUUACAGCCAAAUUAAAGAUGGCUACUAUGUAACACAUGUUUACGGUACAUACAGUAAUUUUUUACCAGUUGUGACGUAGUCGUAGUCGUAUGAUUAUGGUCAUAAAUAUUUUAAUUAAGGUCAUUCAAUUACGUUUUAGGUCAAAUAUUUUAUGAAAUGUUAAUAACACCUGACCAAUCAGAAAAAUGGACAAUGGACGCAGAAAGAAACAAUCUGUUCUAUCAUUGAGCAAGAUUUUAAUAACAGUCAUAUAUAUAUAUAUAUAUAUACAUUUUAGGUCAAGGUGUUUUUACAGCCAAAUU